AUGAUAACCAAUCAGGUUAUACUCCUCCUGAUGCUCUCUAUCCUGUGGCCCAGCACUGCCCUGCCUUUCACGCCUGGGAAUAUUGGGAAUCUGUUUGGGAUGCCAGACAGUGAUGGGAGGAUUCUUCAGCGGUCCAAACGUGGAUGGAUGUGGAAUCAAUUCUUUCUGCUCGAGGAAUACACAGGAAAUGACCAUCAAUAUGUCGGCAAGCUGCACUCCAACAUGGACAAAGGUGACGGCAAUGUGAAGUACGUUCUGACCGGAGACGGGGCAGGCACCCUGUUCCUGAUUGAUGAGAAGUCUGGGGAUAUUCACGCCACCAAGAGGCUGGACAGGGAGGAGAAAGCUAUGUACACACUGAAUGCAAAGGUGUUGGAUAGGAACACCAACGCGGAGCUGGAGCCCGAUACCGAAUUUAACAUUAAAAUUCACGACAUCAAUGACAACGCGCCAAAGUUUGCAAAGGAGAUCUACUUCGCGAGUGUCCCUGAAAUGUCUGAAGUUGGUACAUCUGUUGCCACUGUAACUGCCACUGACGCUGAUGAUCAAACGUAUGGAAACAGUGCCAAGCUUGUAUACAGCAUCCUACAGGGACAACCCUAUUUCUCCGUGGAUUCAGAAAAUGGCACCAUCAAGACAGCCCUGCCUGGCAUGGACAGAGAAGUCAAGGAAAACUACCAGGUCGUGAUCCAGGCCAAAGACAUGGCUGGACAGAUGGGCGGGCUCUCAGGAACCACGACGGUCAGCAUCACCCUCUCCGAUGUGAACGACAGUCCGCCACGCUUUGCUAACCAUUCCUUUCGAGUGACUGCUGUGGAGUCCACAGAGAUCGGAGGUGCCAUUGGCCGAAUUAAGGCUGAUGAUCCAGACGUUGGGCGCAAUGCUGAGAUGGAGUACAGUAUCGUCGGUGGUCACGACAUGUUCAACAUUAUCACCGAUCAAACCACACAGGAGGGAGUCAUCAUAAUCAAAAAGGCACUGGAUUACGAAAGUAAGAGGGACUAUGAGUUCAGAGUGGAGGUGAAAAACACAUACUUAGACGCGAGGUUCAUCCAUGGUUUGCAAUUCAAAGACUACGCCACGGUCAAGGUAACGGUGGAGGAUGUGGAUGAGCCUCCUGUUUUCACCAGGAACCCUUACAUCAUCGAGGUGCACGAGGACACGGCUGCUGGCAGCUUCGUCGGCGUGGUGUCGGCCAGGGACCCCGACGCCGACAACAAGCCAGUCAAAUACUCCAUCGACCGGCAUACGGAUCUAGAGAGGCUGUUCAACAUCGAUUCUGUGAAUGGCACCAUCACAACACUGAAAGCUCUGGACAGAGAAAUGUCCAAAUGGCACAACAUCUCUGUGGUGGCCACUGAAAUAAAUAACCCCCGUCAGACAACUCGAGUGCCAGUGUUCAUCAAGGUGUUGGAUGUCAAUGACAACGCCCCUGAGUUUGCAAUGUCCUACGACACAUUUGUCUGUGAGAAUGUUAAAGCAGGACAGCUGAUCCAGACGAUAAGUGCUGUUGACACAGAUGAGCCCCUUGUUGGACACAAGUUUGUCUUUAGCAUAAGUGCCACCAACCCGAACUUCACGAUCGUAGACAGGGAAGAUAACACUGCCAAUAUCCUGACUCGGAGGGGCGGCUUCAGCCGGCGCGAGAUGAGCAUGUACUUCCUGCCUGUAGUGAUCUCAGACAACGACUACCCGAUUCAGAGCAGCACCAGCACGCUGAUCGUGCGCGUGUGUGCUUGCGACAGCCGUGGAAACAUGCAGUCAUGUAACCCCGAGGUCCUGCCCUUCUCAGAUGGCCUCACCACUGGAGCUCUGGUGGCCAUACUGCUCUGUGUCAUCAUUCUCCUCAUGAUCGUGGUGCUGUUUGCUGCCCUGAGGAGACAGAGGAAGAAGGAGCCUCUGAUCAUCUCCAAAGAGGAUGUCAGAGACAACGUUGUCAGCUACAACGAUGAAGGGGGCGGAGAGGAGGACACUCAGGCCUUUGAUAUCGGCACGCUGCGCAACCCAGAGGUGAUGGAUGCUAACAAGCUGCGCAGGGACAUCAUACCCGAAAUGCUGUUUCCCUUUCGGAGGACAUCACCUAUAAAGGAUAACACGGAUGUCAGAGACUUCAUUAACGGGAGGCUCCAGGAGAACGAUUCAGAUCCCACAGCGCCCCCCUAUGACUCCCUGGCCACGUAUGCUUAUGAGGGCAGUGGGUCACUGGCAGAAUCCCUCAGUUCAUUGGAGUCUGCUGCCACUGAGGGGGACCAUGACUACGAUUACCUCAGCAACUGGGGACCACAAUUCAAAAAGCUGGCCGAGAUGUACAUAGGGAAGAGCCCUGACAGAGAGACCUAGACCGAGCCAUCGAAGUCUCUCUUUUUCUUUCCAAGCCCAUUUUUUCUGUCUGUUUAUCUAGCUAGCUAGCCAGACAGCUAUUUGUCUAGUUAGUUAGCUAGUCAGCUAGUUGACUGUCUGUCUACCUAUCUAUCAAGCUAUCUAUCUGUUUAUCCGUCUAGUUUGCUAGCUAGUUAGCUAGUUAACUAGUAGUCUAUUUGAUUCUCAUACACACGAGUGCACCAACACGCAUUCAA